CCCACCCCCUCAAGGCCGCGGGGUUUGGUUGCACACAGGCUGCAGUUUCAGUUUGUUUUAUUCACCAUUUUGAGUAGCUGAAGGUAAAAAAAAAUUAAGAAUAUUUGCGUUUGGAGGACAAGUCGCUGCCGUACUUUUAUUUUCACGCGCUAGCUCGGACGGUGGAGUUGUGCGCCAACCUCGCUCCCCUCGGUGUUUUGCAGAGCGGGAAUCUAUAUUUCUUUUUUUUUUUUUUUUUUUCCCUGUGCUUUUUCUUCUCCCCCCUUUCUUACAUCCUUAACCUCUACAGUAUUCCUGCAAAAUGUCAAGACCAGUGCGGAACAGGAAAGUGGUGAACUACUCGCAAUUCAACGAGUCUGAUGAUGCAGAUGAAGAGUAUGGUGACAAUAAGCCUAAGAAGGUGCGUGCACCCCCUCGUGAGCCCAAGCACAAGCGCUCAAAGAACUCGCAGGAUGACAGUGAGGAGUCUGAUGAGAAGCUCUCUAAACCCAAAAAUGAUUCAGCAGAGGACUUUGGCAGCGAUGAGGAAGACAAUGACUUUGGAGAGGAGGAGGAAGAUGGAGGAAGCGACUAUGAAGAAAAAAAAGGCAAAAAGGGAAAGAAAGCCAAGGUGGAGAAGCCAGCAGCCAAGAGGGGGCCAAAGAGAAAACGGCCUGCAGAUGACAGCGAUGAUGACAAGGAAGUGAGUCGAAAGCGCACAGUGCGGGAGGCGGCCUCCAAGGCUGUGUCCAAACAGAGGGAGAUCCUGCUGGGCGAUGGAGGCAGCGAGGAUGAGGAGCACGAAGACCAAGAGGAGCCCUAUAUGGACCCUGACGAGUCCGGUAGCGACGAGGACUUCAUGGUGGAGGAUGACGAUGACAGCGACUACGGUCGCUCCAAGAAGAGAGGCAAAAAGGUGAUUCGACGGGGCCGGCCGGACAAGAAGGAGAAGAAAAGCCCCAAGCCCCGACUAAAGGCCACAGUGACCCCCAGCCCAAUGAAAGGAAAGGGGAAGGGGCGCCCCAGUGCCAAGGCCCUGGAGAAGAGCUCACCCAAAGAGGAGGAGGAGGAGGAGGACCCCGAGAGUCCCCUGGAGGAGGAAGAGGAGGAGGCCGAGAAGAAGGACAGCUCCCCUGCCCCCAAGACGACGAAGGAGGCCGCUGGAGGAGACGAGGAGGAGGAAGACGAAGAGGAGGAGGACGGCUCAGAAGAGGAGGCGCCCUCUGGGGAAGACUAGAAGAGGGUUCCCGCUGAAGCCCUCUCUCUCUCUCUCUCUCUCUCUCUCUCUCUCUCUUUCUCU